GGGAUUGGCACUCCAGCCAAAAACCUUGCCAACCCCUGUUAUAAGCUGUAUCUUCACUAUCAUUUAGUUUGAGUAUCACAUCCAUAAAUAUAGUUUUAUACAGUGGAAUUUUUAACAGUAUACUAGCAUAUGAAUGCUAAAUCAUUAUUAGGAAACUAGCCUCUCUAACUUUGGUUCAGUUACACUGGAUAUCAGAAAGGUGAAUGUUUAGAACUUUACCACUAAACUGAUGUGCUAAAACUCUACAGCAUCUUUCCAGAUGGCUAGCUCCAUUUCCCACUGAAGUCAGCUCCUCUGAAGAAGUCCCUGUUAGAACAGAAGCAAUUCGCUUAAGCAGAUGUUGAAAUAAUUGAGGAAGGCCUUAUCAUAGAAUCCCACAUAUCUUCUGAGGUUAUGUUCAAUAAUCACUGGAUUGUAUGACCUCUUCUAAAAUUCUGAAUAACUGAUUUAAGCGCUGAUCUGUUGAUCCAUCGAGAGAAAAUUUGGGGUUCAAAGUUCUGUGUUUGAGUUGACAAUAAACAGGACAUAUAAAUAAGAUGAUAUACGAAAUAGCACCAAACAGCACCUUAAGGGAGAGCAAUAUCAGUGCAGCUUCUUUACUACUCCUUGCUGAUCAGUUAAUAGUUGUUUCAGUUGCAAAAGAGGAUAUGAGCGGUAAAGAAACACUAGCUACCCUUGUUACAAGAAGCUUCUAAAUUUACUAGCAUGAAGAGAGAGGUGCUGUGAAUUGCAAGUAAAAAAAAGGAAUAAAUAAAUUCAGAAUAAAAGUAACUACACUGUCACAUUAGAAAAGCUGAUUUUGCAAGUUACCAAACUUGUUAAAAGCUGUAAGUAGGGCACUAGAUGAAAUUGCACAGCCUGAGUGUACUGAUGGUUGGCCAUCUGUUCCUACAGGCUUUCAAAUCAUCAUUUUUUACUGAGAGCAUGUGAGCUGUGUUGUUGCUGUUGUUUUAGUAAGUAAAUUAGAUGAACCUCUAAGGAUUUUAGGAGAUUUAAGUGGGAAUGGAGGCUCAAAGGAAGAGAUGAAUUUACAAAUUAACAAAAAUAAGUCAGUUCAAGGGAUUUAAUGUCUGAGUAAGAUGAGUGAGAAAAAGAGGGUAUAAAAAGAGAAGUCGUCGCCAUGGUCACUGUGUUGUCAUUACUAUUUAAGGGUUUAGAGACAACUCUUGCUAAUAUUGUAUAACCCUCUAGCACCUUUUCUUUGAAUAUCUCAUGCACUGUACAAAUAUUCAGGAACUUCACAACACCCCUUUAAGGUAAGUAACAUCUUCAAUGGCUUGAGAAAGAAGAAAACAAAGGUUAAGUGUCAUCCCCAUGUCCUACACAACACUUCAGGAAAGAUAAGAAUAGAACCCCACUCUCUUGUCUGAGUUUCCUACCAUACAUAUUACAAAAACUGAAUUGGGAAUAGUGAGUGCUUUUGCUGAUUAGACCCCAAAUGUCCAAUCAGAUCUGUGUAUGUUUCAGAGCCCCAUUGUCUUCAGUGGGACUCUGCACAGGGCAUGGGGAUUUCCCCAGACUAUAUGAUGGGGGCUGCUGUAUGCAACUUUUUCUUGCAGUGAUCUAACUGCUCACUGCCAAGGGGACCCCAACAAAGCGCCCGGAUUUAAUGCAUGUCAAAGAAGCACUCUUAAUCCUUAGGGUGCUAUUAGAUUUUUCACUUGGGAUAUGAAAAAGAAGAGAUUUUAGCCCUGCAAGAUUAAACAAUCAGGGUUUAAAGGAUUUAAUCUGUUGGCGUUUCUGACCGGAAUCUCUCAUAAGUCUCCAGUCUGAAUGUAAUUGGAUGCAACAUCAGAGAUCAGUCAGCCUUUAAAAAAAAAAAGAAAAGAAAAAAAAGAAAAACGUGCUACCAAGUAGAAGUGAUCUUUCCUUUGAAAUUUGUUGUGGCAUGAGGCUAUAAAGCUGGCCCCCGGUCUGUAUUUCUUUAGUGUCUAGCUGGAUUCUUUUGCUGAGGGGGGACAUUUCUCAGUACAUGAAUUCAGGCUAUUGUUUCAGGCACACGUCUGCCUUAAGAAAUAGUGCAAAACAGGCCGUUACUUAUUCAGAUGCAGAAGCUUCUUCCAUCACACAAGACAGCCCAUUCAAGUCACAUGCCAGAGGUCUCAGCAGAAUGGGCUGCAGCUGCUUCAAAUCUGCUGUCUAACAUUAGAAGCAGUUGGACAAACCUGACUACAGUAAGCCUCCCAGGCUCAGAGGAAGACAGGGAAAAGAACUGGGAUCCAAGCACUAUGUUCUCUGAGGAUCUGUGGCUCGAAAAUGAGAAAAACUGUGCUGUCGUUCACAAGACUAAGCGAGGAAGAAAACGCCAAGAGCUCCUGGCAGUGGCACUGGGGGUUAAGAUGGGAGUAAAGGGGGCACUCUUAUGGCAACCUCUGAAACUCUUUGCCUAUUCACAGAUCACCUCUUUGGUAAGAAGAGCAGCCUUAACUCAAAAUGACAACCAUUUCAACUAUGAAAAAGCACACAAUUUUAAGGUCCACACAUUCCGAGGUCCUCACUGGUGUGAAUACUGUGCCAACUUUAUGUGGGGGCUCAUCGCUCAGGGAGUCAGGUGUUCAGACUGCGGGUUAAACGUACAUAAACAGUGUUCCAAAUAUGUACCCAAUGAUUGUCAACCAGACCUGAAGAGGAUCAAGAGAGUCUACUGCUGUGACCUCACCACACUAGUGAAGGCCCACAAUACACAAAGACCCAUGGUUGUGGAUUUAUGCAUUCGAGAAAUUGAAGCAAGAGGUUUGAAGUCAGAGGGUCUUUACAGAGUCUCAGGGUUCACUGAGCACAUUGAAGAUGUUAAAAUGGGUUCUCUUCCAGAUGGUGACAAGGCUGAUAUCUCUGCCAGUAUAUAUCCAGACAUAAACAUUAUUGCUGGAGCACUGAAGCUGUAUUUCAGAGAUCUGCCAAUUCCUGUAAUCACCUAUGAUACCUACUCCAAGUUUAUAGAGGCAUCAAAAAUCUCUAAUCCUGAUGAACGGCUAGAAGCAAUCCAUGAAGUGUUGAUGUUACUUCCAGCUGCACACUAUGAGACACUUAGAUAUCUAAUGAUUCAUCUCAAAAAGGUUACCUUGCAUGAAAAGGAGAAUUUUAUGAAUGCUGAAAAUCUGGGAAUAGUGUUUGGACCUACUUUAAUGAGACCCCCAGAGGACAGUACCCUCGCCACACUGAAUGACAUGCGGUACCAGAAGCUAAUUGUGCAAAUUUUAAUAGAAAAUGAAGAUGUCUUGUUUUAGACAAAAACAGAAGUAACUUCAUAGCCGUAGCUUUGAAAUAAUCCAUUUCAAUGAAAACCAAUUUCUUUACAGUUUUUUUUUUUUAAGAAGGAAAAGUUACUGGGUCUCACCUCAGUUUCUGCAGUGUUGCAGAUGAACGCGAAAAUGUUUAAUAAAGCUUAUGUCUCAUAGACAUAUGCCUCUUUUUUAGAAAGAAAAAGGUCAGAAAAGAAUCCUCUUACCUUGUGUCUUUUGCCUUGCUUCAUAUGUAUAUGUGUUUUGAGAAGUUGCAGAUGAGUUUAUCAUUAACUUAUUAAUGAAUGCAAAAUGUAUUUUAAUAUGGCUAGAGAAGCAGAAAGGUACUUAAUCAGUGUUACUUGUAUACAGCUAUACAUGUCCCUUCUUCAUAAGGAAUAAUUAUAUAUGUCAGUCAUGAAACAGAAGCUAUAUUAUAAAGAUAUUUAACUUCAGUUAGCAGAAAGAAUGGCAUUUAAUUUUAGCAAACUAUAAUUCAAUGCAGUGCAUUGAUUAUUUUCCAUAUAUUUUUCCUCCCUUUUUUCUAUGACACAUUGAAAAGAUCUACCAUUAGUACCAUAUUAUCCUGACACACCUCUUUUAUUGCAAAUGCUUUUAAGGAAACUUCCUACAUGUAUUCUAAAUUUCUUUGGAAUUUUCUUUUACAUUUUAGAUACGAGCGUUCUAAGACUGUAUUAUACUCUUGUAGCCAUUCAGUAUCUUCCCAUAUUAUCAUAUUUUUUCUUCCAAAAUGUGGUUUUGAAGUUUUCAAAAGUCCUGGUGAUAGUAUCAGUUUCACAUGCCAGAUCUUUCUUUGAAUACAGUAAUGUGUAAAUUAAGUGAGGCUGGGACACUGGAUAUUUUCUGGCCUUGUUGAAAAAUUAGCACUUUUUUUGUUAAUUACAAUUUUUUGUAAGAAUCAGGUUAUGUUUUUGUCAUGUUUCUGUAUUUAUAAGCGUACAGUAAAUGCUGAAAAUGUAGGUAUUUCUCUUGAAUGUGUUUCUUGAUGGUUUGUUUUUAAAAACAAGAACAUGUACAAAGCAUUGGAGCUGGUAAAUUUAAUCAUUGAAAAAUAUUUUAUUUUUCUCCUUUCACAAACAUUGACCUACAGGGCUCAUAGUCUAACUGCAAUUUAUUCUUAAUAUUAAACGUGUUUCUCAGCAUGAAAUUUUUCUACAAGCAUAGCAAGGCAGUAUACUUUACUACCAAACUGAAUUUUCAUUGUGAAAAACUAUAAUAAUCUCUCUUCAUGAUUGUAUGAGUCACAUGUUUGGUAACUCAGUGAUAGGGUUUUCUGAAUUAUUUCAGGGAGCACAUGUUUCUAUUGAAAUUGAAAAAUGUGUGUAACUAUAAUAAUGAAGGAGGGGCAGGAUGGGAAAACUGUAAAUUUUGUUGUCCUCUAGAGAAAUAACCAAGGGCUAGAUAGUAAACCCAGACUGCAGUGCAAAUGUUAAAUAAUUCCAAUUUGCUGAUCCUAUUAUAGAGCCUCUUAAAAUGUACAGAAUUAUUUGUUGUAGGUUAUGUACUACUUAAUACUGUCAUAAAAAUGAUCUGGAAAUGGUUUUAUUUUGUGAAGUGAAAUAUGCUUUGUAAUUUAUAAUAGUGUAAAUGGAAGGAAAAUUCCAUUAAAUGUGUUAAGAG